UAGAGUGCACGCAUGUCUCUGAUCCGCCGCUAGGAAGCCGCGUUGUCCUCGGUACAUUCGCGCGCGCAGGUCUUAGAUGAAGUUCUCUCAUGUAAAUCUGGUCCUUAGACAGUAUCACGUGCCAAAGAACAUUCAUUCAUCAUUUUCUUCUUGCAUUUAAAUAAUUUUGGGGGGGGUUUUACCAAAAUAAAAAAGAAAGGUGCUUAUCAUAGUUCUAGAUAGUUGAGAUAAUUUUUGACAAAGAUGUUUUAGAUCUUGACAAGAAAAGGGAGUACCGAGUCAAUGCUUUUGUUAAAAGGAAAAACAUCUCUCUCAGAAUCGUGCCAAAAAUGUUAAACUUGCCCGAGUGAUAACGAGAUCAGAUAACGACAAGAUUCGCCUCGUGGAGGAACGCUGGAAGGAACCAUCGAUGAGAAACAGAUGUAAGAGAAAACAUUCGAAAAUCUGCCGAUGAAGCAUCGCGCCUGAAUCUAUUUCAAUAAUAAGAGAAGGGGGGGAAACGAGGCAAGAAAAAGGAAAUCAAUAGAUCGCAUUAGACUUUUAAGAAAGAGGGAAAGAGAGAGAGAGGGCGGGGGAAAAUAAUAACAAACACUCGAGAGUGUGAGUAGAAACGAAGAGAGUUAAGAGAAGGGAAUUUGGAAAUGUUUCGAACGGAAUUAACGUGUCUAGUGGCACUGCCUCCUAAGGCCCCUGCUCCUGCUCCUGCUUCCCCUGCUGCCGCCAGGUCUAAGAGCGAGGCUGGAGGAGGCCGGCACCGCAGCAUCGUGUUCCUGGCCACCUUAGUGAGCUCAACUCUCCUGCACCUGGUCACCGCUUCGAAAGGGAACCCCGUCUUCCUUGAGCCUAUAAGCAACGUCACAGUUCCCGCCGGAAGGGAAGUGAAACUGGCUUGCGUGGUGGAUAAUUUGGCUUCCUAUAAACUAGCGUGGAUCCAGAGGGACCGCUCGGCGAUCCUCACCGUCGGGCAACACGUCAUCACGCGGAACAACCGAAUCGGGGUCUCCCACGACGGGCAUCGCACUUGGUACCUCAACAUCAGAGACGUGAAGCCGGCGGACGCUGGGACUUACAUGUGCCAAAUCAACACGGAGGUCGCCAUCAGUCAGACUGGGCAUGUGGAUGUGGUCGUUCCUCCGUACAUCAAGGACGACAUGAGCUCGAGGGACGUGAGGCUCCUGGAGGGGAACAGCGUCACCCUGGCGUGCAGCGCGAGAGGGUCGCCGGUGCCGACGAUCAAGUGGCGCCGGGAGGACAACGCCAACAUCAGCCUCAACCUCACAACCUCAAGUACUAAAUCUGUGCUGGAGGUCCCAGGGCCCCUCUUACACCUGCCCCAGGUAACUCGGACAGACAUGGCUGCCUAUUUGUGCAUCGCGUCCAAUGGAAUUCCACCUUCUGUCAGCAAGCGGAUUCAGGUAGAAGUGAAAUUUGUGCCCACAGUGUACGUACCACACCAGCUGGUGGGGGUGCCCCUUGGACAGGAUGUAACCAUCGAGUGUUACAUCGAGGCUUGGCCUACGGGCCUUAACUACUGGAAGAGGCCGAAUGGUAUCCAGGUCCUCCAUAAUGAUAGAAAGUAUAAAGUGAAACAGGUGGAAGGGUCUCAGAGGUAUAAGACCCAUCUGUUAUUGACCAUUAUGAACGUGACCCGUCAUGACACCGGGGAAUACAACUGCAUCGCCAACAACAGUCAAGGAGGAGCUCAACAGGCCGUCAGGGUUUCGGUCUCUCAACCUAUUCCCCUGCACACCAACACCAUCUCUAAAGGAUAUGAGGGUAAAGACACCAUACAAGGGAAACCGUCUCUGCCUGCUGUCUCCUGGGCAAAAGAUACAGACUCAGCUUCGUCGGUCAAGGACGAGCUGGCAGACCUGCGCAAGGUGUCGCACCACCACCACGCCAACUACAACAACCACCAGGAGCCGUCGACGAAGAGAAUCAACGAGAUCAACGUGAAUGAAGACUUCCCCCCUCCCUCCUCCUCCUCUUCUACCUCGUCUGCCAGUGCCUCCAGGAGAUCAAACAGUCUUUGCAUCUUCGUCUCCUUCCUCCUCUUUCUGCGCGGAGUUCAAGAAAGACACUGUGCAAAGUCCUCGUGGAUUGUUAUACUGUUGUAGAUUUAUAUAUAUAUAUAUAUUAUAUAAUAUUUCUUCGGAAAAUUAUGUGUGUGUGAUUGUGUGUGUGUGUAUGUCCUUGUCCAUAUAUAAAUAUAUAAUUAUAGAGUAAUUGUUCCAGAAGUUCGUUCUUCACAAACAUUGCUGUGGUACUCGGAAAAGAUCAACGGAGGAAAAGGAAAGCGAUGCGCGUCAGAAAAACAUCAGGGAAAGCUCGGAAAACUUGAUGAUUUGGUGGAAAAUUUCGUAUGCGCAUUGACAGAUCCAUUCCGGUGAUAAUGAAACACAAAGUCUACGAACCCUUAACCUACUGAUAACUAGACAGAUAUGAUUUCCUCAAUUUCCUUACCUCUCUCUCUCUAUCUCUCUCACUCUGGCUCAUUGUCACGUUCCUCGUGACUUCAGUCUCAAACAGCGACAGUGUUUUCAGGGCUUAAGCCUACAUACUGGGCAGAGAAGAAAAUUCCCAACUAUUUUCAAGGUGUAUACGAGCAUGGCGUCAGAGAUCGACAUUAAAAAUGAACCUGCUUUAUUUUGACUUACGUAAAAUUCAUGAAAAGGAAAAGCUUAUAUGCUAAGUAAGGAAGACUGUAAAUCGAGUGGGUGUACAAUUUGUCAAUCGUUUCGUCCUUUUCCUUGCUUUAUACGUCAACUCAUCUUAAAAAAUCUAUUUUAAUUACAUAUCCAAGAGAAUCACCAUCUGACUGAAACUAUGUAACGUAGCAUGUAAUACUUCCAACUAACUCCGAUUUUUGUUGGGUUUCCCGUUACCAUGCAUUAAGUAUCAUAAAAAAAAGUGGUCUGCUGUAUAUAGAUAAAAAAGAAAAUAAAAAAAAAAGGUCGAGGUAGGGGGAGCCUUAGAAUAUUCUAAAAUGAUACACCUGUGGACUGAAAUACAAUGAGACACGAUUAUACUAGAAAUACCAAGAGAGAUUUUGUAGCAGCUUCCUGCUUGCGUGUAUGUUCAUAAACUAUAAUAAAUACAAACGCCACAAUCAGUACUUCAGUAAUGUCGUAAGAGGAUAAAAGGAACGUCCCUAGAAUGCUAAAAUACCGAUUUUCUCGUCUGUAUGAAAUCCCUGAUACUUUCUUCCUUGUAUAAAGGUAUCUUCAUGGUGUGUAUGUAACAGAGAUAUUGUUACGUUUAGAAUGAAUCAGAUUCCUAUGAUGUACAUAUUCCUCCACUGUAUCAUCUACAAGAUUUGGACAAAUUACGUACCGGAGUACGUGGAUAGCCGAACUCUGUAUGUAUCAUACAGAAAAGUGAUAAUACUGACAUAGUUCUUACAAAAUAAUUCCAAUGACACAACCAGUUUUCUGUGUGUAUAGAGCAUUAGUUGUAAUUUGGUUGACAUUGACUUGUAUAAGAUGUCCUAUUGUAGAUUCUCUCUCUCUCUCUCUCUCUCUCUCUCUCUCUCUCUCUCUCUCUCUCUCUCUCUCUCUCUCAUAAAAUCUAUUUCAAGGCUUGCGUAAGUGUCCAGUUAGCUCCUUCUGUCUCAAAUUAAAUACAUUUCAAAACUUGUACAUAUGAUGUCAAGUCACUUUUUCUCUCUUACUCUGAACCAUAUUCUACCACGAGAGAGACUUGUAAAUAUAUCUGAUGUACAUAUGACAUUUAGAAUUCCAAGGUCUUCAACUUACACGUACAUACAAACAUACUUUCAUACCUACGAGUACAUACAAACAUCCUUUCAUGUCUUGAAUAUAUCAGUGCAUAUAUACUAAACUAAAGACAAACUGGUAUGUAUACGCACGUAUAAAGCAGUGUUGCUUUGUAUCGUACCGCAUGCGAGCAUGCAGUAUAAUAUUACCUUCAUAAUAUACUUCUGCGUCACCUGCCACCAUAUGGGAAAUAUAUUUAUGUACAAAUCUUCCUUAAAAUAACAGCUUUAAAAAUCUGACGAGGCCCUUCACUUGAGAAUAGGACGCCUUCCAAGUCACGUGAUGCCCCUAGGCGUGAAUAGACUAUGAAUGCAGUUUUGUCCGUAAUCACUUGUCUUUCGGUCAAACUACGUAUAAUAGUACAGCCUCGUAUCCAUGUGUAGACUUUAUGAAUUAGGGAAUUCCUCGAUGAUAUUUAUACUCUACAAUGGAAGAGGUGAUUUCCGCUGCAGUAAACAGUCUUAUCUCCGUCAUAUCCACCAAACGGGGUUCAUCAAAGGAUGUUUCCAUUAAGAUUCAUUAAUAAUUGUUCACUGCAAAGACUAGUGGGAAAAUAUUACCUGCUCCAGGUCUUCGACAAUGUUUGCUUACUUAAUCAUCAUUAAUAACAGCAGUAGAUAUGACAGGGAAACAAUGAAGAAAUAUCUGUUCGGCUUGACCGUUCAGACAAAAUAAAUCUUACUAGGUGCCGUAAGAUAGAUAGAUUACUGAAACCCAAUCAUUGAUGUUCAUGUCUGAAUUCCUUGAAUGAUUUUUAACAGUAUUCUAUGGAAAAGGAAAGAAAUUCCGAAGUAACCAUGACAGGCUAUUAAUUAUUAAUAUGUACGAAAAUUGUAAUCAAAGAAGUGUUUUACACCCCAUCGGGUUUGUAUUUGCGCAGAUAUUGACUAGGAGUGUACCAUUAAGGUCUCGAAAACAAACUAUAGUGGCAAAGUAAGACACACUACGAUUGUCAGUCAAUAACAAAGUAAUGGUACAGCAUACAAUGAAAAGAUUACAAAUGACAGCUAUAACGAAGAGGAUAUCAAAGGAAACUUUCCAAGGUCAAAACUGACAACAGUAAUACAAUAGCUCUUCUUUAUGAGAAAUUAUAGGUCGUAUUAUCUCUAAAAAAAAGGCGAAACAGCGCAGGUAAUUUAAAUAUUUCAUAACUAACAAUAAGAGAAGGAUAUCUUGUCUCAGAUAACGAGAAAAAGUUCACCAAAGUUUUCUUUUAUACAGACGUGGGUGUCUGAGAUGAAGAGAUAAAUACAAGUGUCAGAAACAGGAAAAUACUGGAACACUGCGGAUCGUCACAAAAAAAGAAGAAUAAAUACGACACGCUAAAGAGAGUAAAAUAAAAAGUCUUAUCAAGUCCAGCGUUAAAUGAAAUGAAAGAAUUUCUUAUCCUGUUCUUAAUUAAGGUCUCUUGCGAAAUCAAAUCACUGGGUCAUUUCCAUCACGGCGUCGAAACUGAGAAUAUUCGGCAUCCGGAGAGAUCAGCGACUCAGAUCUCCAACAAGCCGUUUGUCCCAGGGUUAAUUAAUACUUCCUAACCUUCACCUUACUCCUGUUACUUAUCCUUUACUCAUUCUUAUUGGUAAACUUAAAUGAAUCCAGAUUAUUUAUUCUAAUGUUUGUAAAUCUAAAGAAAUUUGAUUAAGCGUCUUUGAAAGUUUUCUAGACAAUAAGUACAUCAUCUGCUGAUUCCAUGCCAGCCAUUAUUUUUUCAUGCAUCUUGUAAAUUAUGAAUUCUACCGUUCCAAAAUUGAGGUUCUUUUCCUAUGCCUUAUAUCCUUAUUUGAUGGAAAGUGGAUCUAUACCUUAUAUCCUUAUUUUAUGGAAAGUGGAAGAAUACUCCGACACCACCUUCAAGCAGAGAACCAUAUUUCCUUGGAAAGAAAGGCCAGUAAACAUCGCAUAGACCAAAAUAAAAAUUUCAUUUCAGGACAUGAUACAGAAGGGUAACAGGAUAUUCAAGUGAACAUUUAGCUUCAAAUAUACCUUAAAAUCCCAGAUAAAUAACUGGUGAUAUCUACUUAGGCAAAACACUUGUCAAGACACAAAAGGACAGUUUUCACUAUUUUCGAGGAAACUGUCCUGAUUAACUCCACAGAAGCUGCAUGUUUAAUUCCAACAUUGCAAUACGUUCUGUUCUUUAAGGAACUGUACAAUGCGUUUGCCUUUAUAGGCAUCAAUGCCCAAAAUACGUAUAUAUUAAUUUAUGCAGAAAUUUUAGACCCCAUCAAACUUUAUAUUGUCCCUUGCAAUUUGAUUUUCGAAUACUUUCCAGUAUACCUUCUCUUCAUUCCUUUAUUCUGUGGAUGCUAUCCUUGCCCUCUCUGACACUAAAUGAUACAAAACUAAGAGGUCUUGUAAACGAAUGCCUUCCAUUAAAGAAACUCUCUCGUCUUCUCAUGAUCUCUAUCAAAUGAACAUUUUAUCUUUGCAGUUUUCGUACUUGUCAUCAGUUUAUUCCACUCCAGAUCUUAAAUUAACUGUGGGAUGUUUUCAGGUCCACAUGAGAUUCACGGUUGCU